CUCGAUUGGCCAUGCGCCGUGCCUAUCUCAACGGCGAAGUAACAUAAACCCAUGGUGUAACUGCAAUUGGCAUGAUAUUCCGCUCUGCUCGCCGGUGGUAGGUACCCUUGUAUCGCGGAACCCUUGUAUAAGUAUUGCUAGAUGCCCUCUUCCUCAACACUAUAUCCCUUUGCCGUACUUUUCCUUAUCGCCCCUCUCUCCCACACCAUGCCCGACAACGAGAAGUCGACCGUGCCUUUCGACGCCGAGAAGGAACUCCCUGGACCUCUGGCAGAUGCUAUUCGAAAUGGAAGCGUGGAUAAGUCUAUCUUACAACAUGCUGGAGACGCCGAUGAAGCCUUGAAGGCUUUCAUGUCGCAUCCGGGAGAAGUCAUCGAGCUGGAUGAAGCAACAAAUAAGCGACUGCUACGAAGGAUCGACUUGCAUCUAAUGCCAGUCAUGUGUAUCGUCUAUGGACUCAAUUAUCUGGACAAGACAACAUUAUCAUACGCUUCCGUCAUGGGAUUGAAGAAAGAUACCAAUUUGCAAGGACUCGAUUACCAAUGGCUAAGCUCCAUGUUCUACUUUGGUUACAUUUUCUGGGAGUAUCCAACAAACAGACUUUUACAAAGGCUACCAUUGGGAAAGUACUCUGCAGCCAAUAUUAUCCUCUGGGGUACAACCUUGUGCACGUUUGCCGCUGUCAAGGACUUUGGGGGCGGCGUCGCCGUACGCUUCUUCUUGGGUGUGACGGAAGCCGCAGUAACGCCAGGCUUUGCGCUCUUGACAUCACAGUGGUACACCAAGAAAGAACAAGGUUCCCGCACAAGCAUCUGGUUCUCAUUCAACGGCUUCGCCCAGAUCUUUGGUGGUCUGGUGGCGUAUGGUAUUGCAAAAGGGACAAGACUUCAUGGAUCUGCAAUUGAGCCAUGGAAGAUCAUCUUUCUCGUCACGGGAUGUCUGACCAUCUGUGUUGGCUUCAUCUUUCUCUACGUCAUCCCUGACAGUCAGCUCAAUGCACGUUUCUUGAGCAAGGAAGAUCGUGUCCUGGCAAUUGAGCGCGUCAGAUGCAAUCAGCAAGGUAUUGGUAACAAGCACUUCAAGAUGUACCAGCUCAAGGAGGCGCUACUGGAUCCUCUGACAUGGGCAUUCUUCUUUUAUGCUCUGGUAGCAGAUAUUCCCAAUGGUGGUAUCUCCAACUUCUUCUCGCAGUUGAUCACAUCUUUCGGAUACACCGCUGAAGAAUCUUUGCUCUAUGGUACCCCUGGUGGAGCAAUCGAAGUGAUUGCUCUUCUUCUUUGUGGAUACCUUGGUGAUAAAUUUGGCAAUCGCCUGUUGAUCUCAACUUCUGGUCUCUGGAUCUCAACACUCGGCAUGCUGUUGAUUGUAUGCUUGCCGCUCGACAACAACAUAGGUCGUCUGUUCGGCUACUACCUCACACAAGCAUCACCUACACCAUUCGUGGCUCUUCUCAGUCUCAUCUCCACCAAUGUUGCCGGAUGGACAAAGAAGACUACAGUGGCUGCCCUGUAUCUGAUUGGUUACUGUGCUGGUAAUAUAAUUGGACCUCAGACCUUCAGACCCAAGGACGCACCGAGAUAUAUUCCUGCCGAGAUCGUCAUCAUUGUAUGCUGGAUGCUAUGUAUCGCCGACAUUGUGUUUAUCUACUGGUACUGCAAGAGGCAGAAUCGUAAGAGAGCAGAGAUUAGAGCUUCUCCUGCUUACGUCAAACUGGAGAACCAGGAGUGGUUGGAUCUUACGGAUCGUGAGAACCCUGAGUUUGUAUAUACCUUGUGAAGAUAUAACGAUAUACGACAAUGCAGGCAUGACAAUUUCAUUCAUACACAU